AUGCUCCCCUCAAGCCCUCCCCUCAAGCGCUCUCCUCGAGCACUCCCCUCAAGCCCUCCCCUCAAGCGCUCCCUCAAGCACUCGCCUCAAGCCCUCCCCUCAAGCCCUCCCCUCACGCACUCCCCUCAAGCCCUCCCCUCAAAUACUCCCCUCAAGCCCUCCCCUCAAGCGCUCUCCUCGAGCACUUCCCUCACGCACUCCCCUCAAGCCCUCCCCUCAAAUGCUCCCCUCAAGCCCUCCCCUCAAGCGCUCUCCUCGAGCACUUCCCUCACGCACUCCCCUCAAGCCCUCCCCUCAAACGCUCCCCUCAAGCGCUCUCCUCGAGCACUCCCCUCACGCACUCCCCUCAAGCAAUUGCUAGUUUGGGCGAUUGCUGAGCAAGUGGCGAGGAUGCCUAAUGCCCUGAUGCAAAGUGUGCCCGAUAUACCUGCUUUCGAGCGGGAAAUUGUGCUUGACAAGCAGUUGAGGCUGUUCGGGAGUAGUGGCCAGCGACGUCGCCGUUAA